GCGAAUGAAUCGCUCGCUUCCUUCGCUCCCUUCGAAGAGUUAAAUGAAAAAAACAAAACAAAAAAAUAUUUAGCCCCCCCCACCCCUUGAGUUUUUAGCCCGUAAAAUUCGCGACGUGAAACCACGCGCACCGCCCGAAAGACGACGGACGAGAAAUGAUUCCGUGCUAAAUUGGAAAAAGCAACGCGAGCCGCUGUCGCUCGGCUCGAAGGAAACGGUCGGUUGGGAAUCCGCGCUACCCAAAGUCGGUGAGUAGUGUGUUUGGUGAUGUAUCCCUGGCCGGUGGCAUAUUGCGUGUAUCGCCUCUAUCGUUUAUUCAGAGCCGCUAGACGCUUGCUCUUCCCUUUCUCGCAAUGCACUAUGGGUCAGACACUUUCCGAGCCGGUGACGGCGAAGGAAACGUCGAGUUGCAUGAACGACCAGGUCAAAGUUGGCGCGUCGUGCAUGCAGGGAUGGCGUAUCAACAUGGAGGAUGCCCACACCCAUCUGCUGAGCUUGACGGAGGACAAAGACGCCGCCUUCUUUGCGGUCUACGACGGCCACGGCGGCGCCAAGGUGGCGCAGUACGCCGGGAGCCAUGUGCACCGCAAGAUCGUCAUGCAGCCGUCGUACCAGAAAGGUGACGUGGUAGAAGCCAUCAAGAAGGGAUUUCUGGAGGUCGACUCAGACAUGCUGAAGGACGAGAGCAUGAAGGACGAGCUGGCGGGCACCACUGCCGUCGUGGUGCUCAUCAAGGACGGGAAGCUGUACUGCGGCAACGUGGGCGACUCGCGCGCCAUCGCAUCGGUCAAUGGCCAGGUGCAACAGCUCUCGUUUGACCACAAGCCGAGCAACGAGUCCGAGACGCGGCGCAUAGUUGCAGCCGGAGGCUGGGUGGAGUUCAACAGGGUCAACGGCAACCUGGCACUUUCGCGUGCUCUUGGCGACUUUGUCUUCAAGAAGAACGAGAAGAAAUCUCCCGAGGAGCAGAUCGUGACCGCAUACCCGGACGUGGUGGUGAAGAACCUGACACCGGACCACGAGUUUGUGCUGCUCGCGUGUGACGGAAUCUGGGACGUCCUCUCCAACGAAGAGGUGGUGGAAUUCGUCCGCAUCAGGAUAGCCGACCAGAUGGAGCCCGAACAGAUCUGCGAAGAGCUGAUGACGAGGUGCCUGGCUCCAGACUGCCAGAUGGGCGGCCUCGGCUGCGACAACAUGACGGUGGUGCUCGUCUGCCUGCUGAACGGCGCCCCCUAUGCCGAACUGGCGCGCCGGUGUGCCCGUCCCUUCAACGUGAUCCCCUGCUCCCCGUCGCCACCCACGAGCCCCGUGCGACUCCAGUCGCCCUUUGGGGACCAAGAAACCACGCGCAAGGGGGACGAAGGGCCCCCCAACACCCAGGCAGACGCCCACAGGCAGGGGGACGUGGCGGCGGACGACGAAGGCCCCAAGCAGACGACGACGCUGCCCGACACGACGCCGCCGCCGGCUUCCCUCAGGGAGAGCGGUGGGGAAAUGGCAGUGGCGUGAUGAUUCCUUAUGUCGUCGCCGUUUUUUUCCUGAGGGGAGCGGAGGCGUCAAAGGGGUGUUUGGCGAGGACAAGUGCUUGCUGUGAUGGAUGGUGCUGGAAAGGCAGGUGGAGUGCUUGUUUAAGCGUCGUCUGCCCAUACGAGUUGUUCUGUUUGACGAGACUGGACUUUCUGAGCAGACAGUGCUGCUCAAGCAAGGCGCUAUGUGACCAGACAUUGCAUGAGCAGAUAACCGUCUGAGCAGACAACGUUGCUUGAGCAGACAACGCUGCCUGAGCAGAUUACUGUUUAAGCAGGCGACUCUGUCUGAGUAGCUGACCCUGUCUGCUGCCUAAGCAGACAAUGCUGCCUGAGCAGACAAGGCUGCCUGAGCAGAUGACUCUGAGCAGACGUUACUGCCUGAGCAGACGCCUUCUCAGACAGAACAGCUUGAGUAGACAAAACUGUUCAAGCAGAAGACAUUGCACCUGAGCAUGAGCCACACUGCCUGGGCAGACAGCACUAUCGUCUGGUUUCCUACUGUUGAGAGAGUGGAAGGACGAUGUAAACGGGUCUGGUGAUACCUCUUAUCGGUGUUUUGCAGUGUUGAUUUGGGAAAUGUGAGGGGAGAAAAAUGGCAUUUUGCAUUCUGCCUAGGGGAGGGAAGGGGAUUGGCAGAUACAUUCGUUUGUCUGCUUUGUGGGGAGAGUUGCCUCGAUCGUGUCGUCUGCUACUGCACUUUUUUUAUGUGUACUUGUUUUUCUCUUUGAUGGAUGCUAAAAGUGAGAUUGGUCUCUUCUUUCUUGAGAAGCUUGACAGCAACAUCAGACUGAACGGGUCAGCUUGUAAACAACCUUCUCAGAGCAUCGUCGGUACUGCCGUCGUCUGCCAAGUUGGGGCAUCCCGUGCUCUCUAGCUGCAUGUUGCACCCUUACCAAUGUGUAGAUUUACGACUUCAUUAGAGAAUGCUAAUGGGUUUGUCGCGCGCUUUUGAGGCGUGACGUCCCAUGCCAGAAUCGUCAACUGCACAACUGUUGCUUUAACAGAAACAUGCAUGUUACAGUUUGUGCGGUUUAUUGUACACGAGCACGAAAAACAGUGAAUUAAAUUUCAGGUGAUACCUCGAGUGCACAUGUAACACAUUCUUGUUGUGGCGGAAGGCGGGUUUGUCAAAGUAAAAGGGACCCCAACACUGGGACGGAGUUGUUGUUUAAUGUCACAGUGCCGUAGUAGUAACAUUAAAUAUUAAUUUUUUUUUUUUUUUUUGCAGAGUUUAGUUGGAAUACAGGAACUGAUCUAGCUGGUUUGUCCUAUUGGUAUGUGGUGUCGUCAUCUUACUAGAAAACUGGCAAUUUAGAAAUUUGUUUGCACCAGUGGCUUCUCUAUUUGCCAGGUUGCACAGAAGAAUGUGGUUUCUAUUUGCUUGUCUAGUGGUUUAAGACUGCAGUAUAAAGCAGCCAUUUUCGUCCUUUUUGCUUUAAAGGUCGCCGAUAGGGAUCAUUUUUGCUUCUCAAAUUCACUUUGAAGCCCUGUUUUCUGCAAUGGCCAUUUAAGAUCGUUGCUGCGCCGCUAUAAAAAGCAUCGGCUGCAACCCGUUUAUUUACAAAAGCUGGGAAACGAUUGCAGUCGUUUUUUACUUGCGACUUUUGUGCAGGAUUAAGCUAUACUCCAUUCACCCCCAAGCUGACGGGGAGGUAGAAGCAACUCAUUCGUUAAACCAGCCAUAUGUUCAACUUUCGUCACGUGCCCGCAUACCCGAACCUAGCCAUGUGCGGAGCAGGGUCAGGCGACAAAAGGGAGGUGGUUGGUCGGUCUCGUGAGUGCGUAACUCCCAGCUCACCGCCAGCUGGGGAAUGAAUGGGGUGUAAGGGUACGAUAGCUCACCUCCCCAGGGAUCGUAAAAAUGGGAAACUGAACCUCAAUCUUGACUUAAUUUUCUGUUUGUGUUUGAAACGCUACAAACUGCUCAGAGUAUAGCCGACACGGGACCGCUGCUGCCCCCCCAUUAAAAGUGUAACGAAACCAGCAUCCUGUGCGUGCAGGUUUUUCUUUUGUAGAUAAUAGCAUAAUCUUGGUGGCAACCAACCUGUAUGAUUUAAUUUCUUUUUUUUUUUUUUUUUUCAGUACAUGGAGACUUGGUAAAUAAUACAGUAUACAUACAUGUAUAUAUGCACAUGUUUUUUUUACAGCAGAUUGCAGCAGUGUAGCCGAAGUCAGUUGUAAAUAGAGCGUUAUCUCCAAAGCCUUUUUUUUAGCCAGUUCGGAGAAAAAGUGUCUGUCUUUUUUUUUUUCUUUUUUUUUAUUCUUGCACAUGUGUUUUUAUUUGGUUUUUACGGGCAUUUUUUUCCCCAGAAGUUUGUGUGCCAGACCCCCUUUUUUUAUUUCUGGGGUAUGUUUAGGUUUUCAAAUUGUGGAAGUUUUUUCUUUUUUUUUUCCUUUCAAUUUAGAAAUAAAAUUGCUUGUUUUUUUUUUCUUUUUGUUAACUGAUCCUCACUCGCUUUUCACAGAAUUUAUAUUUUAUGAGUUAAGAAAUAGGCAUACUAAUAAAGUAUAAUUAAAUAUGGAAA